AAAAUUCAAAAAUGGACGCCAAGAAGAUGACCCCCGAACAAAUCCGAGAACACGCUGCCAAACAAAGAGCCCUACUACAAGCCAAGAUCAAAAAGAAGCAGCAAGAGGAAGAACGGAUUAAAUAAGGAGAAGCUUGAGAAGAAGAGGAAGGAGAGAGAGCAGAAGAGGAAAGCAGAAGAGGAGGCGAAGAGGGUGGCAGAGGAAGAAAGAUUGAGGGCGAUACAAGAGCAGAAGGAACAAGAAGAGCAAAAGCAGAGAGAACUUGAACAACAAAAGUUAGAAAAAGAGAGAAAGCAACAGGAAUUGGAGGCACAGAAGCAGCUAGAAAUUGUUAAUGAAGCAUCUUUAUCUAAGGAAAAUACAUUUGAGAACGAAUCUAGGAUGUCUAUCCAGGAGAGACAAAGCGAUAUUAGACAAUCUGCCUCUACUUAUGGGAUAAAUGACCGUGAGGAGACUGAUGGAUUUGAUAGUACUUUUCAGGAUAGAGAAUAUUCAGAAUUUGCUCCAGAUAGUACAUUUCAGAGAUCUAGUCAAGAUCAUCAAAGAGAACAUCUUACAGAGAGAAGUCAUGAAGUCCCGAUAUCUGAAUAUAAUCCAAACUAUGGCUUAAGUCAAAACAGAUUUGAGAAAAUUCAAGAGAUGAUGAAAAGGAACCAAGAGAGUAAAUUUAGUAAUAGAGAAAGUCCUCAGAAGCAUCAAGAAUCUCAGCAAAUGGAAUAUGAUUUCCCUUCACAUACCAAUAAUGAAGGGUUUGGAAAUUUUGAAAAAUUUGGAACUUUAGAGAAAAAUAAGAUGCAAUUUGAGAUUAAAUAUCAAGUACAGAAUCUCCAGAAGAAAAUAAAGGAGCAAGAGAGACAGAAAGAAGAUAAAAUUCAAGAAGCUAAAAGAGGAGCCAUUGAUCUACUGAUGAAAAUGAAGAAGAAGUCUAAUGAAGAAGGAGAAUCCCACAAUACUGGGCCUAAUAGCUUAUCAAUUCAGCCUCCAGAAUACUCGAAGGGGUUAGAACUGAAAGAAAACAACUAUAAAGUGUUAAUGUCACCUACCCAAAAUGACUCGUUGCAUGAUUUUGACUCUGAGCCUGAUGAAACUCAUGAAACAGAUCAACAUAAAGGAAGGAAUGUAGAUACAGCUUAUUUCCAAAGAUCGGCCAAAUUUGACUCAAUUCUGAGAGAAGAAGAAAUCAAGGAAGAAAAUGAAGACAACGAAGAAAAUGACGAUAUCUAUGAAGAAGAAUAUGAGGAAGAACCUCAAGAAGAAAUACAUCCUCUUCAUCAAGAUGAGCUUGAUAAAAAUAUGGAAAUUCCUAUACCUAAAGGACCUAUAAAUCAUCGAUAUCAGCAAACUUUUGGAGAGCCUUCAGAGCAGAGUUAUGGAAAUUUCUCGAACAUUAACCCCCUUGAUGAAUCAGAUAAUUCUUAUGGAAUAACUCCAAUUAGGCCAAAGACUACCUCUAAGAUUACUAAAAAUGAUGACUGGGAUGAUUUUGACUUAAACAAUGCAGAAGAGGGCAAAACAAACUCUAAAGAUCACAACUCGACUAAUGUAUUCCAGUAUGAGCAGCCAACUGAGAACCAGUCUUCUGAGAAAGAUUUUCAGCUAAGCUUCAGGUUCAAGAACAAAGAGAUGGAGAAUCUGAAUAGAGAAAACGUAGUUUUUACCUCUAAAGGCAUGAGGAAGCCAGACGGCCUCCAAAACUUAGAUGACAACGAUCCUUUAAAAGAAUUCGCAGAUUUGCAUAAUGAAGCAAAGACUGUCCUCUCUAAGGGAAAUUUUAGCUUCGGGACCAAAUUCUUUGAUUCUGAUAAGGAGAUAUCAAAAGACUUAAGAAAUAGCGACGAUGACUUUGAUUUUGACAGUGAUAACUCUCCUAAGCCAGCUCCAGCAGAGGUUGCUAAACAAAGAAAGCAAUGGGGAAAGAAGGAAGCUCCUGGUAUAAACUUCAGUCCAGAUUUCAAUGAAGUUAGAGGUGAAGAUACUCUUGCACAAAUGUCACCAAAGCCUGGAUUUUUCAAUAAACCUAAGAACCUAUAUUCUGAAAACGAAGCUGACUCUUAUGAACCUACACAAAACUUCCAAGAGGAAGAUGACAACUACAAUGAUGACUUUGAACCAGAAGAUGAUGUUGAUGAAGACCAAGAAGCCGCAGGUGUUUGUGAUAAACCCUCGCCUGUUAAAAAUGUCGCAAUGGAAAUCAACUUUGCAUCAACCCAAGAGAUGAAGAAGAUCCAAGCAAAGAAGCAGCAAUUCCUGAAGAGAAGGGAAGAGAAUGAGAAGAAAAGAAAAUUAGAGUGGCAGAAAAAGAGAGAAGAACAGAAAAAUGCCAGUAAUCAAUAUUCAAAUGUGAUACCUCAGUCUGCUCAGAUUCGGAAGACUCAAAAGCAGGUAGAUGAGGGGUAUUCCAAGCAUAUCCCAGAUGCUGCUGGGAGUGCAAAGACAAAGAAUAGAGGAGAGAAGUUAAAUUCUCCUGUUUCAGACCUUAAAAAGAAUAUUAGGCGGAAUAAUUUGAUGGGAGAUCAUCCAGUCUACAAGAAACCAAAGAACCCUGGUGUAAAAAUUUCUCAGCCAUCUAAUAAGAAGUUGAUCAAGAACGCAAUUUCUUCUGUAUGUUUGGCAGGAGAAGUUUGAAAACAUGAGAGGGAGGAGGUCCUUCAAGUUUUGCAAGAUAAUGACUCUAAAUAUUUUAUAAUCCUACUCCAGACCUCUCUUGGACGUCAAAAGUUCAAAGGCCUUUACUCUCAUGAUGGACUUGGAACUGUUAACAAGCUGUAUGGAGGUACUAAAAUGCCUACUGAAAUAUUAGAGGAUUAUGUGAACAAAUAUUACAAAUACGAUUCUGGUGCAAAGGAAUUCAAAGAGGUUGUAGGAAUGAAGAGAUUCAAUGUAUCAACAGAUGCUGUUUCCUUACAUCCAGCUAUGUUAAAAAGGUUGCAGAGUGCCCACACAGUUGAGAUAAAAGACACUAGUCCGACAAUGACGGAAUAUACAGUACCUAGUUAUAAUAUUCCAUAAUGUGAAUCAGCAAGG